AUGAAACCAACACUUAUCCACUCAGUUACUCUCUUUGAUGGACACUCGACGCAUCGCGGUUCGACCGUGGCAUUCGAUGGCAGCACUGGGAUCAUAACGAAAGUAGCAACGGGCGACAGUGGACCCGAUGUCAAGGGCGCUACAGAAGCUGUGAUUAUCGAUGGUACUGGCCACACCCUCAUCCCAGGACUCAUCGAGUCGCAUAUGCAUGCACAUCAAAUGCAUCUCAGUCCUGGGUCACCCAUGCCUCAUCCCCUGAGAUCUCCUCUAAGGUGCGGUGUCACGACUGUGUGUGACAUGCAUUGUGAUCCCGCCAUCGUCGAAAAGUUGGGUGCUGAAAUCGCUGACGAUAUCUAUCGCGCUCGGAAACUGGAUUUCAAGAUCACCUUAUCUGAUCUAAAGAGCGCACUUUACGCCGCUACCAUCGAUGGUGGCUGGCCAAAGUCCAUUGUUCUAGGCCACGAUCCAUCUGCAGAGGCUCAAAAGGCUGUUAGUUCAUGGCCAAGUCUUACUGUGGAGAAAGUAAGCGAGUUUAUUGAGGAACAUAAAGCAGCCGGAGCAGACUAUAUCAAACUCAUGCAAGAGAACCACUGCGCUUUAGCCUUACCAACCAACUCGAUUCCAGUUGCGACUCUUGAAUUACAAACAGCCGUUGUCCAGGCAGCUCACAAUGCUGGUUUACGUACCAUUGGCCAUGCACUUAGUGUUGACAUGACGGAGAUACUUCUCCAAGCUAGGGUUGAUGGACUGGGCCAUACUUUCAUUGACCAGCCUCCCCCAGAAAAGAUCGUCCACCUUUAUAAGCGCACUGGCUCAUUCAUUAUCCCCACUCUGGCCAUAGCAGCUAGCGUUACGCAGGAACUACAGAACUGGAGAGACCGGUUCGCGGACAUCGCCAAGGCUAAAGCUCUUGUUGACGAUUUUACGGUAGACAUGAUGAGGAAGAGCGUGGGAAUGAAAGCUCCAACGGCGAGACUGGACUAUGCUUUCGAAACCAUCAAAAAGCUGAAAGCUGAAGGUAUUGACGUCCUUGCCGGAACUGAUUCGGCUGCAGGUCUUCAGGGAACAGGAAUUGGUCCCACUUUAUGGAUGGAAAUGCUUCUGUACGUUGAAAAGUGUGGUUUCAGUGUCACCGAUGCGCUGAAGUCUGCCACAUCUGUGCCUGCAAGGCGCCUUGGUUUCGAGGACCGUGGAGUUAUUGGGGAGGGCAAACGUGCUGACUUGGUACUUGUUAAGGGUGAGCUGACCGAGAGUCUGGAGUAUUUGUGGGAAGGUGAUGGUAUCGUUGGCAUCUGGAAGGGUGGCCUCAGGGGGAUGUAG